AAUGCAGCAUACAUUAGUCUGUCCAUUACCAACAUGGCAUCAUCAUAGACCACAGUAUUGCUGAGCGACAUAGAAGUGCGUGUUGUGAAUUUUAUUUUUAUUGUCUGUUGGAAAAGUGCUUAAAGAACAUCGCGAUAUGAGACCUCUUGUAGUUAUAAGUUGUGUUUUGGUUUUUAUAACCUUUGCCAACGGAACAUUGGAACAAAAUGACAAUACGGUUCAAUCCCUAACGAAACAUCAAUUUGAAGAGAGUUUUGUGAAAAAGCUAAACUGGAAAUGCACACAACGGGACAACAGUUCUUGUGUCAUGCUGAAAUGGUUGGCUUACAUGAAUCGUUUGUUUAAGAAAUCCUCUCUGGAAUUCGGCCAAAUCGAAAUAACCCAGUCGAGCGAUGUGCCCGCUAAAGAUGACCAAUUCGAUGACAUGUCAUUGGCAAGAGCAGCACGUACCGACGACGAAGCAUUGAGUUACAUCAUUGCCGAUAAACUGUGGAGCUUCGCGCGCAGUCGAACGCUUCGCUACAAAAUGUUUGACGAUGCCGAUGUGGUUGUGGCCAGUGAACCUCGUGGCAAUCUCAACAUUGGCCUGUCCAUUAAUCCUCAGACUGCCUACGAAUCGGGUCGAGGUAGAAUGAGAAACAUUGGACCUUUGAUGGCAGCGCUGAUUACCAAAAUCGGUAUUAUUGGCUUGCUGGUAUUCAAAGGCCUAGUGCUGCUGGUCGGUAAAGCUUUGAUUGUGUCAAAGGUUGCACUGAUUUUGGCACUAAUCAUUGGCUUCAAGAAGUUGUUGAGUAAGAAGCAUGUUACGUAUGAGGUAGUCUCACAUCCGCAUCAUGUGGAAUCGCAUGCGGGACAUCACGAUAGCUACAGUUCAGGUUGGGGUCGAGCAUUGGAUGGCUUCUUCGAAGGACUGGAGGCUACAAAUCUUCCGUUGCCGGACGCUCAAAGCCAAGCUUAUUCCGCUCAACAAAACACUGCCAGCUAAUUGGGAUUUUCUUUUUGUUUUUGUUAUUUAUUCACUGGAACUUAAUAUAUUUAACUCGAUUUUAUUUAUUCAAUUUUAAUCUAAUUGUUGACUUUUUUCCAUAUGCUAAUUUACAUUAUUUUCAUUUUUUUUUCUUUUUCAUUAUUAUUUUAUGAUUUUUAAUUUAUUGUAAAUAUAUGUGUGAUAUGUCGUCCAGAUAAUUGGAUUAAAAUUUUCAUUUUA